CCGCCCUUCUCUCACACCCCUCCCUCCUUUUGCUACGCACACCAGGGUCUCCCUACUACCCCACCCACCGGCACACUGAUCCCCCCCGGCCUCACGGAGAUCCUCCGCGCCUUCUCCCUUGGCACUACCAGUUCCACCGCCACCGAUGAGGUGCUUCUUGCGCAAAAGACCAAUGCACUUUUCCAAUUGCCCGUCCUGAUCCUCGGGGCCGGCGGCAUCGGGUGCGAGCUGCUCAAGUGUUGCUUAUUGAGUGGCUUCGGCAACUUGGUCAUCGUCGACAUGGACACCGUCGAGGUGAGCAAUCUCCACCGCCAGUUUCUUUUCCGUGAGCGUGACGUUGGACGCCCCAAGGCCGAGGUCGCAGCGCAGGUCGCACGGGCGCGAUUCCCCCAGGCCACCGUGGAAUCGGUGUGCGCGGAUCUGACGCAGCUUCCACGUUCCUUUUUUCACCGAUUCCAACUCAUCCUCUCCGGUCUGGAUUCCAUUGAGGCUCGGCGUUGGGUGAACAUAACACUUCACAGGAUGGUUGACAUGCUACCUGGCGGAGGCGCCGACCCUGCCACGGCCAUUCCCCUGAUCGACUGUGGCUCCGAGGGCCUCAGCGGCCAGGUUCGCAUUAUCAUCCCGGGAUUUACCUCCUGCAUUGAAUGCCAAGCCGGGUUGUAUCCAAAUGACGAGACGGCCGAGGCGCCUCUCUGCACGCUGGCCGGUCGGCCGCGUACUGCUGGACACUGCAUUGCCUGGGCCGUGCAGGUGGACUGGCCGGCGCGCGGUCCAGGCGUCGAGAUCCAGCCCGAGAACGAGGCGCAUAUCAGCUGGCUGGCCCAGUCGGCCGCGGCGCGGGCCCAGGAGUUCGGCAUCCCCGGGGUCGGUCGUGCGUCCGUGGUGGCGACCCUGCGCCAGGCGACGCCGGCCGUUGUGUCGACCAAUGCCCUGAUUGCUGGCAUCGGCGUUGGCGAAGCGCUCAAGCUGGCCACCGGCCUGGCAAGACCCCUGGAUGAUUAUAUGUCCUUUCAUGGGGAAAUUGGCGUUUACUCCGGCACCUUCCGAAUGAUGCGGCUACCUGGGUGCGCGAUCUGUUCGCGUUUCGAGCUUCGGGAGGCUCCCGCAAGUUAGUCAAGUGCUGGCCAUGGGUCUGAUGGUGGAGAACGCACACUAUCCAGAACGUGUAGCGGCUAAUGCAAUUUGAAAAUAAUCC